GUUUUUUACUCAAGAGUAAACUCUGUGCAGUCAGUCACCCUGCUAGAUGUGCAGCAGAGAGAGUUGCUUACAGUCGACGAGGGCCAGAUUGUUGUUCACAGUGAAGUGACAGGGAAGGAUGUUAUGAGAUGCACGCUGUCAUCGUGUGAGGAGCAUGUGUUGUAUGUUUAGGUAGAGCAGAGCAGUCACUGUCUCAGUCUGUUUGGCAUACAGUGUAUUGUCACAUUUACCCUGAUUGCUGUGCACUGUAAAGGGAUAUCAGGGGAGCUUCAGUUUCACGACAAAACUGAGAACUUUCAAGAUGAACGUUUACUGGAUACCCACGAUCCUCCUCUCCCUCUGCCUCUCCAGUGAUGCCAACAUGAUAAGCUCCCACUACUGUAACGACAAGCUCAGAACGUUCAAUGUGGUCCGUGUGUCUGUCGACGGCACUGCAUCCGUCAGAUGCCCCAACCUGACAGGCAAGGACCAGGAAGAGAUGAGAUUCCACCUUUACCUGGGCUUGGUCGAGGUUGGCAACCACACUCACGACAAUGCUCACAACCACAACUCCACAGAGACCGUGAGUCCUGUUGGGGAGGGUCUGGGGCUGAGGGUGAACAAACAGGACCAUACGGUCAGUUUUGUCCUCUCUGGAAUGACCACGGAGCGCGCUGGAGUCUAUACCUGUGAGGGGCACCCCAUGUACCCACCUCCCAUUGAGAAGGUACCUGACGAGCCUCAAACCUUGGUCCUGGUUGAAGCAUACCAGUGCCAGGCAGAGAAGACUGUGGGAUGUGUAGGCUCUGGAGAUGAUGGUGUCCCUGUUUGGGCAUGGGUGCUGGGGUUCUGGGUCACCACCAUCUAUGGCCUGGUUGUCACGGUCAUCGCAUUUGUCAUCUGGCUCAGACUGAGGAGAGUGGAGUGUUCCCAGAGCGACUACAUGAACAUCAAACCCAAAUCUCCACCCAGGGGGCACAGGAAGAAGCAUGGGGUCCAGCAUCCAAUCCGAAUGGGACGAUACUGAUCAGUCAUCCUCAGAUCAAUCAUUCUCAGACAAAAGUAACACAAGUUGAGCCUUUAUUGGCCCUUGAGAGCUGACUGGAGAAACAGACCAAGUUCUUGAUGUAAAUAUGAAAGCUAGCUCUUCAAAUGAUGAGGUGUACAUCUAAUUGUACAUCUGAUUGCGUGUAAAUAAAGAUUUGAGUUAUCUUAUAAAUGUUUAUCAAAUAAUUAUAGUCUGAUGUAAUAUGAUCUUCUGGGAAACUAUUGAGAAUGGAGUCUUGAUGUUGUGGGCAGUAUACUAUAUAAAACAAUAUCUCCUUGCAUACUGAGCGAACACACACGCCCACACACACACAAAUGGGUUAAGCGUACAGACACAGGGAUAUCAUAUCUGAUUUGUAGUGGGUAUGUAGUGAAGAGGAAGACCCUAGCUCUGUGGUGAAUGGGUCACACAGGAAACAGUGGUUUCUGAAUAUGAGGGGACUGAACCACAUUUUCACACACUCUCUCUGAGAAGCACUGACUGUCAUGUACAGUAAAUGUAUCAAAAUAAGGGACUGCCUUACAUUGAAACUGGCACACUGAAUUACAAAUCCCUGCUUGUCCUUUUAAUGGACUAAUACUUUGAUACUGUACUUAAGUCGUUUU